AUGGUUGAUUAUAAUUACUUUAAUCAUACAGGUAUAGAUGGAAGUAGUUCUGAGGAUCGCAUAGAACGUGAAAAAUAUUCGACAGAUUGUUUCAAUGGUGAAAAUAUUGCUGGCGGUACAGAUCCUGAAGACACAGUCAAUCGUUGGCUCAAAAGCGAAGGACAUUGUGCUAAUAUUAUGAACCCAGAUUCUAAGGCGAUUGGCAUUGGAUAUGCUGAAGGUGGUACUUAUGGAGGCUAUUCGACUCUAAAUUUUGGCGCGUGCUAA